UUGAGGGAGCUGGUUUCAUUUUAUAUUCUUAUAAAAGCGCAAGGGAAGUUAAAAAACGCAAAGGGGCAGUCUAAAGAAAACCGGGAACUAGUGGUCGAGAUCCGGCAAAUUUUCGUCGGAUUUCGUCCAUUUGUCGUCGGGGUUCGAUAGUACUCUCUCUCUUUCUAAGUUUCUAACCGCCGGAGUAGAAAGGAAUUAUCAAAAAAUGAAGGGAUCUACACAUCUUGUUGCGACUUUGCUCGCUGCUUCCACGGUGGCGCUCUCAUCAUCUUCCUCCCCCGGAAUCCACAAUGUUUCAUUUCCUCCUACCUCUUCCAACCAGGGGACAAGAAAUGGUGCGUCGAGGAAUUUAACGGCGACAGAGCGGGAGAAUUUCACGCCACGAUUUGAUGGGUUGAGAUUCAUAGAAACAUUGAUCACAGCUCACAGAUAGGAGGAGAUGAUUAGUAACACAAAAUACCGUCCUUUCUCGCCGUUUAUUAAUUAGAUUUUAUUUAUUUUGUUGGGUAAAAUUUUAAUUGUUACAUUAUGAAGUAACGUUUUUCUUGGUAUUGUUUAAUAA